UACAUUUUUCGAGAGGUGCACGUCAGGCUACGGCGUAGGGUCCGGCGUAGACGCAGAGUGGUCUGCGGGGGUACGCCGUCGAUUCUAUGCAUGACCAUAAAAUGGCCUUAAAGCUCCACACGGUGAGGCUGAACUUUGGAAUCUCAGCCAUAGACUGUAUAUAUACAGUCUAUGAUCUCAGCUGUAUCUGUGUGUGUUAUUGCAGAGUUGUUUGAUUCACACAGAUUCAGUCACAGCUUGGUUUCCAGACUCUGAGACAACUUCAACGAAACCAACCGACAAGACGUUAAACCUGGAGACAACAGCUUAACGUUAGAUUCAGUCACAGCUUGGUUUCCAGACUCUGAGACAACUUCAACAAAACCAACCGACAAGACGUUAAACCUGGAGACAACAGCUUAACGUUAGGUAGUUUCAUGCCGGUUCAGGAUGGACAGGAAGCAGUGUUGUGUGAAGCUGUCGGUCCAGCCGUCCAGAGGGCUCAUGGAUGAGAAGUUUAUCAUCCUGGUCCAGAACGUCUUCCCUGGUUUCCAGCUGACGCUCCACGCCCUCUACAAGUGUGACGACGGACACAGCUGGGAGGCGUUUGCUCACCACGCCGCCAGCGCCAUCGGGACUGUGAACGUUUCAGAGGAUCCCAGUCUGGGCGGGACAUAUUCUGGGGUUGAACCGAUGGGUCUUCUGUGGAGCCUCAGACCAGUUCCAGGCAGCAAACCUUGGCUCAGGAUGAGGAAGAUGAACGUCCGGACUCCCAUGGUGGUCACAAUCUCGGUGUACCCGGGCCACCAGACCGAGGGCUUCCUGGAUCAGGUGUCAUUGGCCGGUGUGGUGGUGGAGCGCUGGUACAUGGCACCUGGUGUCCGCAGGAUCCCGAUUACAGAGGCCGGACUCACUGCGACCCUCUUCCUGCCCCCAGGACCGGGACCUUUCCCUGGCCUCCUGGACCUGUGGGGGGGUGGAGCGAAGUUGGUGGAGUACCGCUCAGCGCUGCUGGCCUCUCGCGGUUUCGCCUCCCUGGCCCUCGACUACCUGACACCAAAAGUCACCAUAGAAACCGGGAAGAUGGUGGACAACCAGUACUUUGAGAGGGCCUAUAAAGUCCUGGAGCAGCAUCCUCAGAUCCUCAGCAGCAGGAUCGCCAUAAUCGGUCUUUCCCUCGGCACCUGUAUCACCUUUAAAAUGGCUGUUUACUCCCAAGUUGCAAAGCUCAGGUGUAUAGUGUGUAUUAAUGGGAGUCAUGUGCAGCCAAUUGACGGAUCUGUGGAACAAAUACUGAGUUUCUUUAACAAAAACGCUGAGAAGAAUCGCUUCAACAAUGAGAACCAGGUGAUCUGCCGCGAUCUGCUGCUGCCCAUCCCCACCGACCCCUCACUCAAAGUGGAUGUGGGACAACUCCAGUGUCCUCUGUUGCUGGUUGUAGGUGAGGAUGAUCAGAACUGGCCCGCCCACGAGUCUGCAAUGGACAUAAAGGAGAUGAUGGAGCGGGCGGGGAACAGCCACCUGCUGACUCUCCUGUCGUACCCCGACGCUGGUCACCUGAUCGAGCCUCCGUUCACGCCCUUCGCCAAAGCCAGCUCCUUCAGAGAUGUCUCCUCACGUCAGAUGCUGGUAGUGCUGUGGGGCGGGGAGACAGCGGGACAUUCUCGAGCUCAGGAAGACGCCUGGAGGAAGAUGCUGGUCUUUCUGAGGGCGAAUCUGUACGGCGGUGCAAACACUGAUGCGACUUCAUUUUCCAACCUGUAACCAAGGCGACAGCUAAUGAUCAAAGAGUCUAUAUGGGAAGAGCUACUUCAGGAGUCUUUGUUUCAGGGAGUUAAAGUCCCGUUAAUUAAUCCCCAUAGAUGAUGUAACAGGUUGACAGUUGACAGCUUUAAAGGACAUGACAUUUUCCUGAGUUAAUCAUCAAUCAAAAGAUGAAUUACUGCGUUUGAAAAUAUCAUGAUGAAGACAAAGCAGCUUGAUUUAUAUAGCACAUAUCAAACACAAAGGCAAUUCAAAGUGCAUUACAUAUUGACAAAGAACACACUAAGUAUUUGUUCAACUUUGUUUUUCAGACACAAAGUUGAAUUAAUUAAAACUGGUGGCCAUAACUUAAACAUACAAGUUCAUUAUAUCAUCUGGGAGAGUCCUGUGUUUCUGUGUUAAGUACUAUUGAGGGUAUUGUUGUUUAAAGAAAUGGAUACAGAUUAGGGAAAAACCCUUCCAGAUCCUGAACCAGCGGCUGCUCCAACAUUCGCUCCCUGCUGCAGCUCACAUCCAGUUCAAGACUCUGGUGUUUGCCUAUAAGGCAUUGAAAGGAACCCCUCCUUCUGGGGCCGGCCCUAGGACUUUGGUGGCCCUGAACAGGAUUUUGUUUGUGGUGGCCCCAAAACACUGCCAGCACCACCAAGAAAAUAUGGAAAAGGCAGGCAUAAAGGGAACACUACAAAAGGGUUAGCUAUUGUACAAACGAGGUAUAAAGCGGAAUAAUUAACAUACCUUCUGAGUUCUUUGUUGUACAUUACAAGUUCUAAUGAAUCUCAUUGGAAAAAGUCAAAAACUUUAAGUCAAUUCUACACAACAACAAAUGACAUAUUCAAUUCACAAACAAAAAGAUUAAAGGUACACUAUGAGUUCCUGCAUGGUUUCAGUGCGAUUUCAUUUUUGUCUGAAAUAUAAGGCAUCUUUCCUUGAUCCGCUAGCUGCCUGCCCCCUGAAUACACU